UAUUAACCUAAACUUCUUAUCUUUGCUUGCUUAUCUUAGAAUAGGUAUUGCACGUGUAUUUUGUGCAAAGAAAAAGUAUUAGUGAAAAAAUAUAAAUUCCACAGAAUAUCAUCAGCCCUUGGAUCAGUAUAGAAUUAAAGCAGGACAGCAAUGUCUGCAGGUGAAGUGAAAAAGAAAGUUCCAUCAAUUGUCAUUCACACGUAUCCUCUUUGCAAGCAAACUGACAUGCCUGAGGAAAUGCAACAAGAAUCCAUGGAAAUUUGCGUAACCGCUGCCGAAAAGUUUGGAGACAACUAUGAGCAUGCAUCGCGACUGAUAAAAGAAAACCUAGACAAGAAGUUUGGUUCUCCAUUCCAUGUUAUUGUUGGAGAAGCUUUUAGUUUUUCCAUAAACUACGAAGAGGGAACAAUGAUUCAUAUGUAUACUGGUGGUACCAUUUCAGCAUUAAUUUGGCGGAGGGGAUUUUCUUGAGAUUAAUAUUUAUCGUGUUCUAAAGCGAAAAGGCUUAUUUAAAUAAGUAAUCUGAAACUUCUUUGAAAUUCAUCAAUUUUGUCCACGAUUUUUUACCUACAAAUUGAGUCACAUAUAAUCUGAUGUAAGUUCAAUAUUGUGCACGUUUAUGUAAAUAAGAAUUUUAUUGCAUUA